AUGGAGCUUCCUUCCCUCUUCUACGGCAUCUUUCUGGGCGUGUUUCCUUUUACGUUCCUCAAAGUCGUCACACAAACCGAGAAGAUACUUCGACGCUCGCGGGCACUCCAAAACAGUUACCUGUACAUGAUUUGGAUUGAAGCCAUUGUCAAUUUCAUCUUUGCCCUAAUCACCAUUCUAUACCUCGAGAAAGUGAUACCAGGCAGCUUCAUGUUCUAUUUUGGCACAGUAACACUAUGGGCCAUACAAACUCAACUCUUGUCCCAGAUUAUUGCCAAUCGUGUCUCGAUUAUUAUGGUCAAUCGCCAUAAAGCCAAAUGGCUACGCCUCGGUCUUUUCGUCUCAAUACUAGCUGUCAAUAUUGUCGUCUAUGUGGUCUGGAUCACGGCACAUAUGCCAAACGCGACACCAGCGCAGCAACAGCGCAACGAGAUUUUCGAAAAGGCAGAAAAGACUUUUUUCCUCGUCGUGGACUUGGGACUCAAUAUUCUGUUUCUAUAUCUAGUGCGCUUCCGACUUAUUGCCGGAGGCUUGUCAAAGUACUGGCGCUUGUUGAAAAUGAAUGCGGUACUAGUAGUGGUAUCGACGGCCAUGGAUGCAGCGCUUCUAGGCAUGCUGAGUUUGCCAAAUCAAUAUGUAUACGUCCAAUUCGCGCCGCUGGUGUACAUUACCAAGCUCUACAUUGAGCUCGUCAUGGCGUCCCUCAUUGCGAAGAUUGUUCGCAGCUCAUCUACUGUCAACCAUGGAUACCCCAACUCAGACUAUGGUGGCCCUCAUCGUCGCCAAACACUGACAGGUGGCAAGCCACCUUCUAAGCAGUCUCACAUCACUCCCAUUGCUACGCUUACCGGCGAUCGAGGAACUGAAGUCUUCAAGGCUGAUUCGAGGAGCAUAGCGACCCCGUCGUCAUGGAACACCGACGACGGCGGCCACUAUGAAGUCUCCGAGGAAUUUAAUCUCUCCGACGUUGCACCUUCCGCACAAGACAGGAGCAUACUGAUGACAACAACCACAACUGUGGUUUCGGAAGAUGUCACGAGCGAGAACUACAGAGGGCACCACAAGCUAGACCAUGGCGACAUAGAGAAGGGAGUACCGCAGGGCUGGAUUGAUCGAUGA